AUGACAACUCUCAGGAUUCUUGUGCUGUUCAUAAUAGCAUCAAUAUUACUACUUGGCGUAUAUAUAAAUGCAGAACAGGGUUAUGAUCCAGAGUCUAUGACUAUUACCCUUACAAAGAGAAAAUCCACCUCUGGAAAAACUUUAGAAAAUUUCAUUAAAGUAAAUAAUGUUAACAUAAAUCAAAAAUAUUCUAGAUUAAAAAAACGGCAAUCUUCAUCUUUAAAUAUAACUUUGACCGAUGAAACAAUUUUAAUUAAUAAUGAUUUUAAGUAUUUUGGCCCUAUAACAAUUGGUAAUCAAAGUUUUAACGUAACUUAUGACACCGGUUCUUUUGAUCUUUGGGUUCCAGACAUUUCAUGCAACAUCCUUAUUUGCGGAUAUCAUAAUCGAUUUGAUCCUUCAAAAUCUUCUACAUUUCAACCUUCUAAUAAUAGCUUCAAUUUAUCUUAUGGACUUGAUAACAGUAAUAAUGUUACUGGUUAUGAAGGUCAAGAUACCGUCAUAUUCGGUGGAGUCACAAUCACACAACAAACUAUUGGAUUAGCAAAAAUUGAUCCUUUUGCAUUUCUAGAAGACGGGAUUCUUGGUCUUGCGGCUUUAAAUUUAGAUGGAUUUAAAGUGAAUGGAGUUAUGCAAUCGAUAAAAGAACAAAAAAAAUUAUCUAAAAAUAUAAUUGGAUUUCAUUUGGCAAGAGAAAAAAAUAAUUCAAAAGAUAUAAGCUUUAUGAAUCUAGGUGGUGUUAAUCAAGACGCUUUUAUAGGUUCAAUAGGAUAUAAUAUUGCAAACGUCUCAUUAGGAGUUUGGUUAAUCCAAUUAAAUGAUGUUAAGGUUGAUGGAAGUUCGUUUGGCCUUCCAUCAUCAGAACCAGCUAUUAUUGAUACUGUUAAUUUAAUUCAUUCUAAAAUUCCCGGUUCUGUCCUUUAUCAACAAGGACAAGACCAAGCAUGGCUUAUCCCAUGCAAUACAAAAUCUGUAGUUUCAUUUACAUUUGAUAACGGAUCAUAUUCAAUCGAUCCUGCUGAACUUGUCGUAUAUAUUAAUGACACAUCAUCUCUAUGUAUUUCAGGCAUACAAUCAAACCCUUAUAAUUUUUGGUUGAUUGGUGAUGUGUUUUUGACAAGUGUCUAUAGUGUAUUUGAUUUUGAUAAUUAUGAAGUAGGAUUUGCUGUGUCAAGAAUAAUGGCUAAUUCAAAUAAGACUUCUAAUACUGCGAUAAAUUCGGUUUUGAUGGUAUACCGUUCACCGAUAUUUAUGGUCUUGGUUUUGUGUUUGAGAGCUCAAUUGGAAGAAGAGAAUUCGAUGACAGUUCUAUUAACAUUCAUCCGUAGAAAUUUGUCAGGGAGGAUUUAA